AUGGUAAUCACCGGACACGACGACGGUACAGGUUCAUCGGAGUACGAUUACAUUAGGAGACACCAUAAGCAUGAGGUUAGAGACAACCAGUGCACUUCAUCUCUCGUUAAACACAUCAAAGCGCCUGUUCACCUUGUAUGGUCUUUGGUUCGGAGGUUUGACCAACCACAGAAAUACAAACCGUUUGUUAGUGGAUGCAAUGUGCAAGGUGAGCUUGAAAUUGGAAGUGUGAGAGAAGUGAAUGUCCGAUCUGGACUUCCUGCAACCACAAGUAUGGAAAGGUUGGAGCUUCUGAAUGAAGAAGAGCAUAUCUUGGGGAUGAGAAUAGUUGGUGGUGAUCACAGGCUUCGGAACUACUCGUCAAUCAUUACACUUCAUCCGGAGAUUAUAGAGGGGAGGCCAGGGACAUUGGUGAUUGAGUCAUUUGUGGUGGACGUGCCAGAUGGCAACACGAAAGAUGAGACAUGUUACUUUGUGGAGGCUUUGAUCAAAUGCAACCUUAAGUCAUUGGCUGAUGUGUCAGAACGGUUGGCUGUGCAAGACCGAACAGAGUCCAUAGUUGGAGCAUGAUGAAUGAAUGAGAGAUGGGAGCCGAGGUUAGUAGUUGACAUCUUCAUCUUCAUCUUCAUCUUCUUUGUGCAUAUAGCAUUAGACUUUGUUCCUAAGUGGAUUAAAAAAAAAAAAAAAAAAAAAAAAAAAAAAAAAAAAAACUAUGACGAUUGUGUUUCGUAAAAAUCUUAUUCCUCUUUGUGAACUAUAUGUUUGAAUCUCAUUCUCUAAAUCUCUUUAGUCUUUGUCUUCCUCCCUCACCCUGUUGUGAAUAUGAAUAAGUAGAAUAGGAAAUUUUGCAAAUCCCCUUUUUGUAAAGAAUGUUAAUGAAAUGUAGUGGUAUUAUCAUAUGUCAUAUAUAAUAAAUGGCUAUAUGGUCUAUGGAGUUGGAUAAUGGCUUGCUUAUCUAUGCAAGUUGUUUUCCACGUGAAAACUGUGUUGGAACUUGGAAGUUAUAUGGCAUGUCACCAAAAUUAACUCGCUAGGUCGGUUAUGUAGUUGAAUUGACCGAAUAACUUCUAUAAAGUAUGAAUACUUUGCUCCUUGUCUUGUGCUUGUAAUGUUUUCAUUCAAUGCAAAUAAUAAACUUUUACUUUUGUUUUCAAAAAAAUACUUUAUAAAGAUUUACUUACAAAAGUAGUGCAAAAUUGUAAAAAAAAAUCCCUAGGAUUUGCCCUGAUUAAAAAAAAAAAAAAACUUUUUUUAAUGCUGAAACCUCGGACUUUGUUAAGCCUAUGUUUGGCGGACUAGCUAAAAAGCUAGCCACUAGCUGAUAAAAAAAAUAAUGUUUGGUAAAACUAGCUGAGAAGCUGGCUGAAAUAUGUAAAAUAACAUAAAAAGACAU